UAUUUGCCUAUGCUGAAAUCAAUAAAUACUUCGCCAAAACCGAGUCACAAGUGCGAGGAAAUGGCGUCUUCUGCCACUGAUUCCGGCGGGCGGAACCCGGCACUGGACCCGGACACCGACGUCCCCGAAAAUCCGGACCACGAGUUUGCAGAGUUCGGAGCCGGCUGCUUCUGGGGAGCGGAGCUCGCCUUCCAGCGAGCACUCGGCGUGGUCAAGACCGAGGUCGGUUACUCUCAAGGCCACGCGCCGGAUCCCACUUACAAACUUGUCUGCACCGGAACAACCGACCACGUGGAGGUCGUCCGGGUCGUGUUCGACCCGAAACUCUGUCCUUAUACCCACCUCCUUUCUCUCUUCUGGUCUCGCAUCGAUCCCACCUCCCUCAAUCGCCAAGGGCAGGAUGUGGGGGCCCAAUAUCGAUCGGGGAUAUACUACUUCAACGAGACGCAAGCUCGUUUAGCCCAUCAAUCGAAAGAAGCCAACAAGUUGGAGAUAAAAGACACAGAAAUUGUAACAGAGAUUCUACCAGCCAAGAGAUUCUAUAGGGCAGAAGAGUACCAUCAGCAGUAUCUGGAGAAGGGAGGAGGGAAAGGCCUCAAGCAAUCUGCUGAGAAGGGCUGCACUGAUCCCAUCAGAUGUUAUGGUUAAGCCCACCUAAGCUUGUGUCUUUGUUAGUUUCCUGCUUUUGUUGCUUUUGGCUUUGGGUGUGAGUGUGGCCUAUAAUAUGAAUAUCACAAGGCCGUUGCACAUAUCAAUAAUAAAAGUCCUGCUUUCUCUAUGUUAUCAUUA